AUGGAAUUUCAUAGGAACAUUGGCAAUGAUCUCACAACUAUUGAUCGUAAAAGAAAAGGUUCAUUUGAUGAUGUUAAGGAAGACGUAAAACCGACUCCGUCUGAAAACUUCAAGAAGCGUCUACUAGAUUUCGACUACGAUUCCGAUAGUUAUGGUGAAUAUGAAGAAAGUGAUGCCGAAAAGGUCAAUUGUUUGGAUGAAGGAGAAGAGAUUCUCAAUAUCACCAAUUUCUCAUUCGACGAGUGGGUUGAUACAUGCAAUAGUGAAAGAUGGACUUUAAACAAUGGCGAGAAAGUUAGAGACGUUUUGCUAAGAAUGACACAAAAUGCAAUUAAAAAACUUGACAAAUCGAAAAGGAUUGACGGGAAGAUUUUGAGUGUCAUAAGGCUUGGUCUUUCAUCAAUCAUUGAUUUAUCAUCGGAAUUUGAAGAAGGUAUGCAUACCUGGUUUGGUCAAGAUUGGGAGGAUUUGAAAGCGAAAUGUUCGAGUAAAAUAAAGUUUGAAAUCAAAAGAUUCGAAGGAAACACUUUGGCUGAUAUAAUUAAGAUUGAAGAGCUAUGUACUUCAUAUAAAUAUUGGGAAGCGUGGUCAUAUAUAUUGGACAGGAUGAAAGAAAGGCCUAGUGAUGAUGCUCACCGUCAAGUUUUAAGGAUAUAUUUUUAUGUGGGUGAAACUGUAUCCAAACCUACUUUAAAUCGAAAAAUUGAUCUAAGAGUGUUGACUGUUGGUGAUGACAGAGAUUUGUCACACUCGGAAUUUGCACGCAAAGCAACACCAUUAAAAAUAAUCAAGGACCGCAUCGAAGAUUCAACAAUAUUUGGGUUGCAAUCCGCCGGUCUAGAAGGUCAAAUUUUUGCAGUCGACUUGCUUGACGAGGGAUUGUACUUUAGCCUGAAUGGGCCUUCUUUCAGAUUCCCUGCGCAAUUAAAUGACAUCAGAGGAUUGAGAAACACACUGGAAGUUUUGUAUCUUUUUAAGGCGAAUAUCGCCAAUAAAGCCAAAUAUUUAUCUCAUAAUGAUGGCAACCGGAUCACAAAGAUACUCGAUACAAAAUCAAUUGCGAAAAAGCCUCAACACAUCAAGGUUGGUUACAUUAAGAAGACGUACUUUACGCCAAAGGAAUCUUUGAUCAAUGAAAUCAAGACUAUAUCUUCGCAGACAUAG